AUAGUAACUGUUUAAGUCUUUCAUCUCAGAAGACACUAGUAUCUACUAUCAUUGCUGUGCAUUGGGGUUUAUCACAAAGGAAGCUAACAAUAGACAUUUUGCAGUUUGGUUGGUGAACUUUAGUACAGAAAAUGUCAUCUGAAUCAAGUCGAAAGAAUGUUGAGGGACGAAAUGUCUUGGACAUACUGCGAGAGCGGCCAUUAGUUGGGGAUGGUGGUAUGACAGUAGCCUUGGAGAAGAGAGGUUACGUCAAAGCUGGGAACUGGACCCCCGAAGCUGUGAUUGAAUACCCAGACGCAGUUCGUCAACUACACAGAGAGUUCAUGCGAGCUGGGGCAGAUGUGCUACAGACGUUUAGUUUCUAUGCAGCUGAGGGAAGACUCAAGUCAAACAAAACAGGAAAAAUCUAUACUGUAAGUGAAAUCAACAAAGCAGCUUGUGAUAUUGCCAAAGAGGUCGCGGCAGAGGGAGAUGUACUUAUAUGCGGAGGACUCUCUCCCACACCUACAUACAAAGAAGGCAAGGGAAAACAAACUGUCCAAGAUGAAUUUAGAAAACAAGUGGAAAUAUAUCUAGAGAAUGAUGUGGAUUUUAUGCUGGCUGAGUUCUUCAGUACAAUAGAAGAGACUGAGUGGGCCAUUGAGGUGAUGAAGAAUUCUGGAAAGCCAUGUGGCGCCACUAUGAGGAUAGGACCAAGCACAGACCAAUCAAAUGUCGAUUCUGGAGAAUGCGCCGUAAGAAUGGCAAGGGCAGGUGCUGAUAUCGUUGGAGUGAAUUGUUCAUUUGGUCCGGUGACCAGUCUGAAGACAGUAAAGAAGAUGAAAGAGAGCCUAGAUGCAGCAGGCUUGAACCCAGUUCUCAUCAUGCAGCCAGUUGCCUACUACACAAGUGAUUGUGAGGAUAAGAUGGAUGGAUAUCAUGAUAUGCCAGAUUUCCCAUUAGCUUUAGAGGCCAGAAUGAUGACGAGGUGGGAUGCUAGGAGAUAUGCAAGAGAAGCGUAUAAUCUCGGAGUACGAUACAUGGGAGGAUGUUGUGGCUUUGAACCUCAUCAUAUAAGAGAGAUGGCAGAGGAGCUUGCUCCAGAAAAAGGGUAUCGACCCCCAGGUGCAGAUAAAAAUGAACAAUUUGGUGCGGGCAUAAACAGUACUAUGUUGGCUGAGAUGAACCACAGGAGAGGAGCUGAAUACUGGUAUAGCACAAGUGACAAUGCUAAACGACCUGCACCUUAACAUCACAGAAAACUAAUUUAAUUUUUUUGUAUAGAGCCCCUAACUAUGCAAUAAUAAUAUUUUGGACACAGAUUUGCAAGAUUGAAGGAUAUAACAUCGAACAGUUAUCAUAUUAUAUGAGGUUAUAUAAUGGUUCUUUCUGUAUAUCGUGUUUAUACUCGAGUGAGUAUAUGAUAUAUUCACAAGUGAGCGUAGCGAACGAGUGAAUA